CUCUCUCUUACUUACCUCUUCACCCCAAAAGUUCUUUACCAGUUCACCUACGCCCUAUAUUCACAAUGAGUUUCCAAGCUGGAGGUCGUGGCUGCUUCAACUGCGGUGAUGCUUCCCACCAGGCCCGUGACUGUCCCAAGAAGGGCACUCCUACCUGCUACAACUGUGGUGGACAGGGACACGUCAGUAAGUCAACCAGCGAAUUCUCCAUUUCUCCGUCUUUUGAUCAUAUAUAUAUAUAUCUUCCUUUGUCUUGCCGAGAUGCUAACAAGCCUAUCAUGCAGGCCGUGAAUGCACUGUAGCACCCAAGGAGAAGUCCUG